ACCUGGAUCAGAAUUGUUGCAAUGACCUGGACCUGCCACAUGUGCUCCUGGAUUGGUGCCCUGAAACCUGCUGUAGGGCAAGAGCAGCCAGAGUGCAGCAGUUGUAAGGUAAACGCUCACCUCAUUUCAGAAACUUGUGCAAUGAUUAGCUACUUAAUCUCGUGAGCCCUCUGUGAUACAAAGACAGCGUUUUAUCCCCAGAGAGCGGGUAUCCCUGCGGGCUGGUAUGGAUCAGUACAGCUAAUCCAGGAAGACCAAAUCAUCUCCGCCUUCACAGCUGAAUCCCUCUGCUUGUCACUGUUCCACUUAUAUUCCAGUUUUAUUACACUGUCAUUCUAAUGGUUUCUUGGAGCAGGAUCUAACAACAGAGAACAGGUAACCCAAAGGGCUGCCUAAUGGCUCUUGCAUUCCUUGUGCUGCACAGAGUGAGUGCUGCCUCCUCUUUCCCCUCUGCUGCUGCUCUCCAGGUGCUUAGGAUACUACUCAGUUUCCUAACUUCUUUAUUCCUCCACCAGCUGAUGUCCAGUAGUCUUUCUUAUUUAUUGCCUGUGGGUUUUUCUGUUACUUACUGUAUUUUUUUUAAGCUCCUAUUUUUAUACUUUUUCAUUCCAAAUACCCACAGAUUCUCACCAUGCUCAUGAGGUCAGGGGUGUGAAAGUUCACUCAUCUGUCAGAGGCACGUCAAUCUGGACAGAUCAGUGUUCAUGGUCUUAUUUUGUUUUUCCUCUGGAGCAUAAUCCGUUAUGUGGGGAUUAUCAGGAACACUGAGUUUCCCAAAAGUAUGUAGCAAGUGGAGGUUAUAACAGAGGUUAAAGCACGCUAGAUUAGAAAUGGUGUGUAGUUCAGUAUCAGCAUCUUUAGCUGCUUAUCAAAUGUUUCCUUCAAAUCUAUUGACCGUGUCCAACAGCUGUGCCUGCUGCUAAAUCUGUAAAAUGCCUUAUGUCAGUGUCUGAGUUGUGUGCACAGCUCAGCCCCACACCUAUUCUGAGAUGCUCUUCCUCAACCCCACCUGCUAUCACGAGGAAACAGCCUUGCUCCCCUACCUGCAAUGCUGGUGAGAGGUGUUUAGGAUGGUGCUUCCCAGAACAAUUGUGCCCACGGACAGUAGAUCUCCUUGCCACCUCUUACAGUAACGCAGAUUCUGGGCUGGUGCUGCAGGCUGCGCUCCCCUCUAUCAGCUCCUCUGCAGUCCCCAGCUGACUGAAUACGCCCAGCGCAGAAGAGAGAGACUCGAACCUUGGGUCAUGCUGUUCCGUCCAGUGAGAUUUUGCAAUGCUGUGAUCAGGACACGAGGGGGAGCUGGUCAAUGUGUGAGAAAGCAGCGUCCUGCUGAGACAGCAAGUGGGCAUUUCCACACUGCCGGUGGCAACACAGCAGGUUCUUCAUCAUUAAGGAGAGUUUCCUGCUUUACUAUGCUGAGAGUGAGAAGAAGAGCUUUGAGAGCAAUAAAUACUUUAAUAUCCACCCCAAGGGUGUCAUACCCCUGGGGGGAUGCAUUGUGGAACCCAAAGAAGAGCCCAAUAUGCCUUAUGCCAUAAAGAUCUCUCAUGAAGACUUCCAUGGUAACAUCGUUCUAGCAGCUGAAUCAGAGUUUGAGCAGGCUCAGUGGCUGGAGAUGCUGCAGGAAUCUGGAAAAGUGACCUGGAAGAAUGCCCAGCUGGGGGAAGCCAUGAUUGAGAGCCUGGAAGCCCAAGGACUGCAGCUGGCCAAGGAGAAACAGGAGUAUGUAGAUAAACUGAUGGAAGAAACAGAAGAGUUGUGUCUGCAGAGGGAGCAGAAAGAGGAAUUGGAACGUCUGAACCAGGUGCUGGAGGCAGAGAAGCAGCGGUUUGAAGAGGUGGUACGGGAGCUGCGGCUGGAGCAGGAGCAGAUCAGGCGGGAGCUAGAGCUCACAGCCCGCUCCCUUAAUGGAGUGGAGCAAGAAAAGAAAGAGUUGCGAAGCCUGACUCAGUCCUUACAGAAAAACCUGGAGGAGCUUUCCAUGGAAAAGCAGCAAAUGUUGGAGAUGUUGGAAACAAAUGAGAGCCCAACUUCAGCCAGUCCUAGCGAGGAGCAAAGCCCCAGCUGGGGGUUGCACUGCAGCCUGCAGCAGAUUGAAGAGAAGAUGCAGCAACUCCUGGAAGAGAAACUUCUGGCAGAGAAGAGGAUGAAGGAGAAUGAGGAGCGGUCCCGAGCCCUGGAGGCGGAGCGAGAGUUUUACUCUUCCCAGUCGCAAGCGCUGCAGAACUCACUCUCAGAGCUGACUGCGGAGAAGCAGCAGACAGAGAGAGACCUCAAGGCUGAGGUGAAGGUGCGCAUGGAACUGGAAAAGAGACUGAGGGAAGCUGAGGAAGCAUUGCAGAGCUUGGAGCAAGGCUUAAAUUCUUUGGAUCGUAACAAGGAGAGGGAGGAGAAGAUGAAAGCAGAUGUCAGUAAUCUGAGAAAGUUCUUCGAAGAGUGCAUCCGCAAUGCCGAGCUGGAGGCCAAGAUGCCUGUGAUCAUGAAGAACUCUGUGUACAUCCACAAAGCUGCCACUCGUCGCAUAAAGAGCUGCCGCCUUCACCGCCGGAGAGCCAGCGCUUCAUGGAAUGACUUGAAGCAGUCCCAGUCCUUCAUCAUCUCACAUGCAGAAGCUGAAAACAUCGAGGAGCUGAAAGAGGCAGCCAAAAGACUGAGCCGUCACCAGCACUUCCGUGAGACACUCUAUCAAAUCAUGAGAUCACACAAAGAUUCAUCAUCAGGGGAUGAAAAGUGACUCUUGUUGAGAGGGGACUUCUAAUCUCAACUUGCCAUUCAGCUCUGCAAACACUAAGCAGUCAGGCAUUAGGGUUCAAAAGGGAGUUGCGUCCUUUGGUGAGGAAGAUGGUGGGAAGUUGUGUGUAGGCAGUUCCCUCAAGUAGUGUCUCUGCUUUGGUUUGGAUGCUCUCUGUGGUCUGGCAGACCUUCCCUGCUGAUGACUCUGGGUCAUGCCUUUUUGCUUCAGCUGCUUACGUUAAGCCAUGUUUUGCCAAGAUACUGCAGCUGGUGUUAACGUGAAACACUGGCCUUAGAUUAGGAAGUGCCUCUUCUUUGCUGCCUAGUCUGCCUGCUAAAAACAGGUGCUUCUGAGAAAUCCUUCCUCAGCCACCCAGCUACACUCAGCCACCCAACUACGCUCAGUGUAGCCACCCCCAGCUGGCACAAUUUAACCUGUUCUACCUAACGUCCUCUAGGAAACUGCCUCCUCAGUGUAGAGCAUAGCAUCAAAUACAAGGCGAUCUUAUGCUGCAGCAAGAUUUUAAGUAGAGAGAUUACAGCGCGAGGUGAAGCCAACCUGAGGAUUCUCCCCAUGGCAGGGGAGAUGGAACUACAUGAUCUUUAAGAACUCUUCCAACCUAAGCUGUUCUACAAUUUGCCUCCAAAAGCAUCACAUGCAAAGAUCUCCUAGAAAACUCAGUAGCAUCAGUGCAAGGUGGAGGGAAGGCUAUGCUGUGCUGACUGUAGGCAGAACAUCCUGGGGACACUUUUUCAUCAAGACAGCUGACUAUGCUGCUGUCAGGAGGAGGAGAAAAGGUCUGUGCAGAAAAUGGUAGGCAAGUUCAGUGUGGAGUAGCCUUGACUCUGAUGGUUUCCUCAUCACCUCAGGAAAACAAGCUUAAGGACAGGUGAGUGGAGUGAGAACUGUUCAGCAAUGACACCUACUACCAUUUUGCAAGUUAAAUGUUGUCAGCAGCAAGAGGUUAGGGCUGAGGAGUUGGGGAGAUCCGCUUCAAUGUGUACUGCAGCAAAUAGCCCUUACCUCUCUGCCAGUCCUUUUAAUUGCAGCCCAAGCUAUCAUGGUCUAGCCUGGACCUCCAGCAAGCCAAGACUGGAAUGGGAGAGGUCCUGUGUACAGCUUAAUUAGAAGUGGGCUCCUGGCUGGCCUCUGGUCUCUCCUCAUUGUUCACCAUGAGGUUGUCACAGUGAAGUAUUUAGGUUGGAGUUGGUUACCUUGUGUUUUACAUGAGAGGAAUGGCUUUGUUGUACAAAUCUCUCCUUUAUAAAAGCAGCUGGCUAAUAAUUAUCCACACUAUAGUAACUGCACUGCUUAGUGCUUACAGAGCACAUGGCAAGCACGCUCAGUGAUACUUCAUCCCUGUGAUAUAAGUCAGAAAACAGAGAUGUAAAACAUACAAAGGUGAUGAUGCUAAAAGCAGAGCUUGCUUAGGGCUUAGCUGCCAGAGUACUGGGGCUCUUAGGUCUGUACCCCUGGGUAUUACAUGUGCCCUUUUUGUCAAGUGACUGGGGUGGCUGUUUGCAUAUUCAGGCUUUGUUUCUGGGCACCAAAGUCAUUCCCUUCCAAUCCCGUGCUGCUUCUAGGGUGAACUUAGGGAUGAGAUAGGGAAGGGACCUUGUCCUGUUGUCAUUCAUGGGAAUGGCACUGAUGCUGGUGGAGGGUGCAAAGUGUGAUAUGCUGAGAGCUUCUAGAGGGGACUGUGUGACCAGAGGAUAAGCACUGAAGGCAUGGUCUCUCCAUUUCAGCCACUUAUUGACCACUGUCCUCCUGCUAGAUAAUGGGAUGCUUUAAAAAGCCAGAGGGCUCAUCACAGAGGGCUGCUAGUUUUACAGUGACAGGUAAUGGGACAGGAGAAUAAAAUUUACAUCCCUCCUUAGCAUACCUGGCCUUUUUGUGCUUUUCCUAUUCCAGCUUGCAUGCUAGAAGGCCAGAAAUUAAUUCUGGUUCCCAGAAGGUUGAAGAGUUAAGAAACAAAAGCAGAGCUGGUUUUCCCCUUUGCAUUGUCCUAUCAAACUCUCAGGCUAUUUUCCAGUUGCAAUUUUUUUUAUCAUGUAAUACUGGAAGAUGCAGUGAAAAGUACAGCCAGAAUGUGUACCUGUAAUCAAGGCAGUUAAAAAAACCACUUGGUGGCUUGUGAAUGCAACACUUUGAUCUAUUACAAUCAGAUGCCACAAUAUCAUAAUUUACAGAAGUAUUGUACUCAGGAGGUAAGUCACAUCUGAUCUUCCUUUACUGCAUAUUGACAGCAAUAAGUAAAUAAAAGUUACACGGAUACCAGAGUGAAUUCCUAUGUGUUCUUGUCACACUGUUACUGAAAUGAAGUUAAAUUGCCUCUGCAGGAGUAGAGACAAAUUGCUGUGACGUGCUCAUUUACUGCCAGGGUACUUGCUGUGCUUCACUGGGUUGCUGUAUGAGCUGAGCAUCAUCUCUUGAAGGACAGUGUGCAAAAUGCUUUCACCCUUGCCACCCGCUUCCACUUUAUUUACUGGGUUGAGCCUCUGCACUUUAAAAUGGAAAUAAUGCUAAAUCCAGGAUAUAUCAAAUCUAAAUCAGAAAUCUCAUGCAGCUUGCUGGCUUCAGGUAAACAGGUGGAACCAAGCCAUGCCCUCAGCUACCUGUGGCAAAGUUUUUUCUAUCAGCUGUUCAUUGCUGCAGACAAUAGCCCUGUUAGCCCUGACCUCAUAAGUACCCUGGCAGAGUUUUCUCACCUAGGAACCUCUCUUCUCUCUGAAGACUUUCCCAGUUGACCCUUUUAGAGCUCUGUUAAAACAGUGUUAAUGUGUGGACACUGCCAGCCGUAGUGUCUGUGUCUUCUUACCUACUUGUACACAACAAGAGCAGUGGCUCUUGCUCAGGCUGUGCUAAGGGUUAAUUUAGUCCUCCAUGUGAGCAGCAGGAAGCCUCCAGGCUGUUUCACUGCUUGGUGUGGAAGUGUUGUUUGCUUUGUGGACAGGAGUUUUGGAGCUCCUCUGGUACUCGCUGCCUCAGGGCUUUGCUAUUGCCUAGAAGUAAAUGGCAGAGAAAAGAAGGCAGCACCGCCCCGCCAUCGCCAUCGGUGUUUGCUGCUUUGAAAGCAGAGAAAGCAGAUGAGAAAUGGAAACUGCCUUCAGGGUCGGAAGUCAAUAACAGAGGGUGAAAUGUCACUGGUGUUAGAGCUGCUGUGCAUAAAGUAUGAGGGAUGCUGGCGGUAGUGAUCCUCAGCUCUGGAGCAUGGAUUUUUAUAUCAAGAUGGUGGGCCGGCUUUCAGCUUGGUAUUGAUUCUUUGGAGGAAGGAUAACAGGUUUUCACUAAAAUGUCUG